GUGUGAACGGUGCCUCGCAGUUCCUUUUUAUCGUUUUGUGGUUUACGAAACGUGCAGAUCGGAUCAGCGAGACGUAAUCAGUCUUGCUAAAGUUGCAGUUCAGUACGUCGCUUCCCUGAAUAAUAACAAUAGAUUCUAUGCGCAAGUGAUAAAAAAAAUAAGUUGUCAGUGUCAAAAAUGGCGGGAAAAGUUUUCUCGUUAUUUUUUAUAUUUAAUCUCGCAGUAUUAGUGGCCAGUUACGAGUUGCAGCAAGUUUUUGUUCUAAGUAGGCAUAAUAUUAGAGCUCCACUGUCGGAAGAUCUACAGACGGUGACUACGUUGAAAUGGCCUGAGUGGAACGUGCCAGCUUCAUUUUUGACUGAAAAAGGUGUUGAAAUAGAAGAAAAAAUGGGUAAAUACUUCUAUCAGUGGCUGAAAAGUACUGCAUUGUUAACAGACGAGUGUCCAAGUGAUGAAUCAGUGUAUAUUUACCCGAAUAAAGUACAUAGAACAAUAGAGACUGCUGAGGCGUUCGCGAGGAGUGCAUUCAUGAACUGCAAUGUUGUACACUAUAAAAAAAAUAAUCAAAAAGAAUUUAUGUUUUUACCGAUUGUAAGAAACACUACAGACUCUUUUAGAGAAGAUUAUGUUUUUCAUAUGAACGAAAAAUUAGACAAUUUGAAAUUGAAAGACGCGUAUCAAAUUUUGAACCGAAUAAUGGACAUGGAAAAUUCGGAUAUUUGUAAACAACAAAAGCUAUGCGAUUUCAUGGCAAAGGAUUCUAUUGUUUACCAAGUCGGCGAAGAGCCGAAUGUUAAUGGGCCUUUGGCUAUAGGAAAUUCUGUAGCAGAUUUCUUCUUGAUGAGUUACUACAAUGGCUCGCCGAUGGAAGACAUCGCAUGGGGGAAAUUGGACCAAAAAGACUUUGAAACUCUAUUGAAAUUGACUAGAGAAAACCAAAACGUGCGAUUCAAUCAGUCUUACUUAUCAAGAGAUAUUUCUCGGCCGAUGCUGAAAUACAUGCGCGACAAACUUUUGGAUUCCCCCGCGUCUAAAUUCACUAUGUUGGUAGGACAUGACUCGAAUCUAAAUAGUGUGAUGGCGGCAUUGGGGUUCUCUCCAUACAGUUUGACAGGUCAGCUGGAACUGACGCCGAUUGGCGGGAAAAUUGUUUUUCAAAAAUGGCGCGGCGAUGACUCAAAUUUGUAUUUGAAGAUCGAAUACGUUUAUUACUCUAUGGAGCAGUUGAGAAAUGGCGUCGAUUUAGAGAAGCCUCUUUCAAAAACUAUGGAAUUGAAAGACUGUAAAGUGAACACAGAAGGUUUUUGUCCGUGGAGUGACUUUGUAAAGGUGCUUAAUAUAAUGUAAACUAACUGAAAAUUCCUAAAGAAAUUAUUAACCCCUGCAACUAUGUAAUUAGGAUAAUGUAGAAAAUUAUGUUUUAGAAUAAUCUAAGCCUAAAUAAAACCUACCCAAGUAUUUA